CGCCACUAGGUCGCAGUAACAUCGCUGCCUUUGAGUUCAGUUCACACAAUAUGAGCGAGCACAGCGGCAGCCAAAAGCCAACUCUAGAUUCUUCAAAUUGGCGUGCUUGACUGUUUUGCACCCGCGUAAUGUAAUAAUAAACGAUACAUUACAACCUUCGAGAAUGGAAGCCAGGAGCUGGCUUUUAUUUUGACUGCAAGAAUGUGCCGAGGGGAGCCCUGACAAUACGCCGUUUAGCUUUCAAAUGGAAGAUUGGCUGCUCCAGCUCAUUUCGGUGGAUAUGUUGCCGCUGGUUUUACUUACUCAGACCCUUUCUGAUCGGCAUGGAUCUUCGGAUUUGGAUUCGUUUACCUCUUUCGUGCAUUGAGUUGUGAAAAGAAGACAGGCUACGGAGAUCGACCUGGAUACAACAGUCUCUGCCUACCUCGACGUUUUGCUACCAGGGAUUUAAAUAAUCACGUGCUUCAACAACGGAAACAUUUAGAUAUAUAUACAUAUGUUAUAGGCUAUAUGUAUAUAAUCAGAAUUUAUGUGGCCGUCUGAACUUUUAUGAAUCCAUUCAGGAGGGCAAAAUGAGUAGGGAAAGGCCGAAAAGAAAUAUCAUUCAAAAGAAAUUUGAUGAUAACGAUGGGAUCCCAUGGUCGGAAGAGAGAGUGGUCCGCCGGGUGCUCUACCUCUCACUUAAAGAGUUCAAGACAUCUCAGAAGAGCAAAGUGGAGAAUGGCACUGGAAUAGUUAAUGGCUCCUUUGUAAAUGGCCAUUUGAAUGGUUCGGGAGCUAAAGCUGGGCUGUUCGCCGGAAGCUGUAAGUCAGACCGGACACAUGCAGUUCAGAGCAAAGACUGCAGCCAUGAGUACUCAACAGAGGGACCUGUCAGAAAGAGGCCAAGACUUCAGGCUCAGAGGAAGUUUGCUCAGUCUCAUCCCUGUUCUCCCAGUGCCACCCCGCUGAAAAUGCUGGAGGCCGUGCCCCCGAGCCAGCCAUGCUCAACCACCUCACACGACGCAAACCCAAAACUGAAGACUUCCUUACCUUCCUCUGCCUAAGAGGCUCUGCUGCGUUGCCCAGCAACAUGACAUACUUUUGGUAGUGCUAAAGAUGAUGAAGAUUUAGAUGAGGAAGAGGAUGAGGAAGAGGAAGAAGACAGUGCCAGCAAUGCCACUUCUUCCUGCCAGUCCACUCCACGGAGGAGCAAAGACCCAACAAAUGCAUCGCCAACGGUCAUGUAUUUAAUGGACAUAAACAAACUGCUGAGGAAAACGAGAGCAGUUUAAGGGCCAGAGGGAGAGACGGGGUCCAUGGGAAGGAGAAGAACACUGUAGCAUCAGCUAGGACCUCCACUACACACAACCUAAGACCCAACAGGGCUGUACAAGAACAAAAA